AUGGCGAACGACCCCAUGCGAGUGAAGCUGGAGCAGCUUGACGCUCUUUCGGGAGAAGCCGAGAACGACCCGGCGAAGUUCGGGCGGCUUCUGAACACCGCUAUGAGGGCGGGGGCUGCUGCUGGCGGAGUGGCUGGGCAGGGCUUUUCGGACACCUUCCUGCAGGACACUCAGCAGACGGAGGCCACGAUCGACGCGCAAGAGGAGCAGGACCUGAUGAAAGAACUCGAGUCUCAGCUCUACGGCUGCGAGAUGGACAUCUCCUCCCAGGACGCCCAGCCGACCCAGUACGAUCUGCCACCUGCUGACUUGCAGACAGAAGGUACAAAGGAUGGCUUUCAUGCCACGUUGGAGCAUCUCAUGCGUGAGGUCGGGCUCGAGGAACGCGAGGAUGAUGCGAUCAGAAAAUCUCCAAAGCGAGAGCUUGAAAUUGAUUUUGCCAGGGUCGCCAAGGAACUGGAGGAUGAAACCAUGUUGGCCAAGGAACAUGAGGAAGCUGAGAAAGCCAGCAGAAUGGCGAAGGAAAGGGAGGAAACUGAGAAAGCAAGGUUGGCCAAGGAAAAGGAAGAAGCUGAGAAAGUAAGCAAAAUGAUCAAGCAAAUGGAGGAAGCUGAGAAAGGCAGGUUGGCCAAGGAAAGGGAGGAAGCCGAGAAAGCCAUCAGAAUGGCCAAGGAAAUGGAGCAAGCCAAGCUGGCCAAGGAAAGGGAGGAAACUGAGAAAGCCAGGAUGGCCAAGGAAAUGGAGGAAGCCAAACUGGCCAAGGAAAGGGAGGAAGCUGAGAAAGUCAGGAUGGCCAAGGAAAUGGAGGAAGCCAAGCUGGCCAAGGAAAGGGAGGAAGCUGAGAAAGUCAGGAUGGCCAAGGAAAUGGAGGAAGCCAAGCUGGCCAAGGAAAGGGAGGAAGCUGAGAAAGCCAGGAUGGCCAAGGAAAGGGAGGAAGCCGAGAAAGCCAUCAGACUGGCGAAGGAAAUGGAGGAAGCCAAGCUGGCCAAGGAAAGGGAGGAAACUGAGAAAGCCAGGAUGGCCAAGGAAAUGGAGGAAGCCAAGCUGGCCAAGGAAAGGGAGGAAGCGGAGAAAGCCAGGAUGGCCAAGGAAAGGGAGGAAGCUGAGAAUGCCAGGUUGGCCAAGGAAAGGGAACAGUUCAGGCUGGCAAGAUUGGCCAAGGACAAGGAGGAGGCCGAACAUAUGAGAUCGGCCAAGGACAAGGCCAAGGAAAAGGAAGUCGACAUGGCAACACAGGCAGCAAAAAAAUACCAGGCUUUGCCAAUGAACGCGACAAAGUUGCAAAAGCUACAGCUCUUGCAGGACAUUAUGGCUACUGGGGAUGAGGGUUGCAAGCAGUUCUGCAAGGAUGAGCUUGCAAAACUGAUCAAGCCGAAGGCAGCAACGCCAGCUCCGGCCCCUACCAGUGAUGCCGAUCCUCCGGCCCCUACCACAACGGGUGCCGAUCCUCCGGCCCCUACCACCAGGGGUGCCGAUCCUCCGGCCGCUACCACCAGGGGUGCCGAUCCUCCGGACCAGAUCCUGGCACAUGCUACAGACACAGCGCUGGACUUCGGUUUGGGCGGUGCUUUGCAGUGGCAGAGAACGGCCGUUGGCACCUCGCCACGCCACACAAGUUCAUUAACACCCUUUUCGUACGGCCAGAAGCUGAAGCACCGAUUGCAGAAGCUGAAUCACCGAAAGCCAGGCGGUGUUCGCAAUGCUGCAGCCGGUGGUGCUCGAGAUUUUGGAUCCCUUGCCUCCAACACCAUGAAGAAAGGCUUCUUGCUGCCGAAAAAUGAUGCGAAGACCGAGAAACCCAAGAAGACGCGGCCACCCGAGAAGACCGAAAAGGAUGAUGCUCUUCAACAGCCGGCGGUCUCGAGCUCAGCCGCCGCCGAGGUUCCGAAGAUCUAUACCCAACCAGAGAUCAACCACUUCGUGAAGCAGCUGGAGGUUAUGAGACGUUGGGGAUCCGACGACUUCACCUAUAUCACGGAAUCGGGAGAAAUCUUCGGCAAAGGAGAUCUGGAAGAGAUUGUUCGUUGCUGCUCGCUUGGAUCUUUGCAUUCCGCUUUCUGUUGCUGCGUGUUGGUCAAUGUCAGCAUGGCAGGCAUGGCGAACGACCCCAUGCGAGUGAAGCUGGAGCAGCUUGACGCUCUUUCGGGAGAAGCCGAGAACGACCCGGCGAAGUUCGGGCGGCUUCUGAACACCGCUAUGAGGGCGGGGGCUGCUGCUGGCGGAGUGGCUGGGCAGGGCUUUUCGGACACCUUCCUGCAGGACACUCAGCAGACGGAGGCCACGAUCGACGCGCAAGAGGAGCAGGACCUGAUGAAAGAACUCGAGUCUCAGCUCUACGGCUGCGAGAUGGACAUCUCCUCCCAGGACUUCAAUCCCGCCAAACCCAUCCUGUUUCCGAUACGCGCCAUAUCUGUUUCCAGGACGCCCAGCCGACCCAGUACGAUCUGCCACCUGCUGACUUGCAGACAGAAGGACAUCCAUGACUCGCGUACAAAGGAUGGCUUUCAUGCCACGUUGGAGCAUCUCAUGCGUGAGGUCGGGCUCGAGGAACGCGAGGAUGAUGCGAUCAGAAAAUCUCCAAAGCGAGAGCUUGAAAUUGAUUUUGCCAGGGUCGCCAAGGAACUGGAGGAUGAAACCAUGUUGGCCAAGGAACAUGAGGAAGCUGAGAAAGCCAGCAGAAUGGCGAAGGAAAGGGAGGAAACUGAGAAAGCAAGGUUGGCCAAGGAAAAGGAAGAAGCUGAGAAAGUAAGCAAAAUGAUCAAGCAAAUGGAGGAAGCUGAGAAAGGCAGGUUGGCCAAGGAAAGGGAGGAAGCCGAGAAAGCCAUCAGAAUGGCCAAGGAAAUGGAGCAAGCCAAGCUGGCCAAGGAAAGGGAGGAAACUGAGAAAGCCAGGAUGGCCAAGGAAAUGGAGGAAGCCAAACUGGCCAAGGAAAGGGAGGAAGCUGAGAAAGUCAGGAUGGCCAAGGAAAUGGAGGAAGCCAAGCUGGCCAAGGAAAGGGAGGAAGCUGAGAAAGUCAGGAUGGCCAAGGAAAUGGAGGAAGCCAAGCUGGCCAAGGAAAGGGAGGAAGCUGAGAAAGCCAGGAUGGCCAAGGAAAGGGAGGAAGCCGAGAAAGCCAUCAGACUGGCGAAGGAAAUGGAGGAAGCCAAGCUGGCCAAGGAAAGGGAGGAAACUGAGAAAGCCAGGAUGGCCAAGGAAAUGGAGGAAGCCAAGCUGGCCAAGGAAAGGGAGGAAGCUGAGAAAGCCAGGAUGGCCAAGGAAAGGGAUGCCAGGUUGGCGAAGGAAAGGGAACAGUUCAGGCUGGCAAGAUUGGCCAAGGACAAGGAGGAGGCCGAACAUAUGAGAUCGGCCAAGGACAAGGCCAAGGAAAAGGAAGUCGACAUGGCAAGACAGGCGACAGAAAAAUACCAGGCUUUGCCGAUGAACGCGACAAAGUUGCAAAAGCUACAGCUCUUGCAGGACAUUAUGGCUACUGGGGAUGAGGGUUGCAAGCAGUUCUGCAAGGAUGAGCUUGCAAAACUGAUCAAGCCGAAGGCAGCAACGCCAGCUCCGGCCCCUACCAGUGAUGCCGAUCCUCCGGCCCCUACCACAACGGGCGCCGAUCCUCCGGCCCCUACCACCAGGGGUGCCGAUCCUCCGGCCGCUACCACCAGGGGUGCCGAUCCUCCGGCCCCUACCACCAGGGGUGCCGUUCCUCCGGCCCCUAAUGCCCCGACCUUUGAUGAUGUCAGUGCGAAGAUGGGUUGGUCAAGUCCUGCAACCCCACGCAUGGUGGAGGCACCUGGUACGCCAUCUCCUGCAACGCCUGGCAGUGCAAUCACAACGCCUGGCAGUGCAAAAACAACGCCUGGCAGUGCAAGCGACGGCUUGGUCCAAGGUUCUGCGCCACUCUACAACCGAAAGAACGCCGCCAUGUUCUUGAAUCGCCUGAAAGGCAACCCAAAGAGGAUGCAAGCCUUGCCUGAUGACUUGGCAAAGUUGGUGCGGGACGAAGAUUCAAAGAGCAAAGCCAUCGACUUGAUCGUCGCUGCAGGAGGAGACGAAAAUGAGCUGGUCGGGCAGUGGACUGCAUCGUCCAUUUCUGUGGGGACGGACAAGGAAAAGGGAAAGAUGAAACCUUUGACGGAACAGGAAUUGAUCGGCAAGUACGGUGCGGUCAAUGCUGCGAAGGUGAUGGAGGAAAAAAGGAAGGCUGGUUUGGAGGUUGAUGAUCCCAAUUGUAAAGGGCUGAAGCUUUACUUGCACAACGAGUGGCAGAGGGAAUGGACGAGAGGCACAGAAGAACGAAGCAGUUUCACUGCUUCCGGAGAAGUUCGUGCGGGUGACGCUGCCAACGUUGCACAAAUUCUCAGUGUGCCCCGGCGGGCGCUGACAGGGCCCGGCCAGGAUGAUGAGGACAAUGUGGACAUGGAGGAGGACCCAAAGCCACUUCCGAACAAAAAACCAAAGAAAGCCAGGAAAAAUGAAGCCAGCGGCAAAGAGAAAGAGGAAGACGGUGAAACUGAGCCGGAAGCACCACGAGUGGAGAAACUUACACCGCUGGACAAGGCGGCAGACUUAAGGGGGCGGGCCCUCUCGAAGGCCAACCACGCUGGCUCGAUGCGGAAGCAGUUGAAAGGAGUCAGCUAUGCGACUGAAUGCCUCAAGGAGAUGACCAACUUCGAGCAGGAGUUCCAGGCGAUCUACGACCAGGUGGACAAGCUCAUCUCUGAGCUGGUCCACGAUGAUGGGGUCUAUCUUCCCAUUGCUACCAGAUAUCUCGAUAUCGCGAAGCGUUAUGAGAGGCCCAGCAAGGUAGCAAACAGCUUGAUCCGAGCUGCGAAGGCGACUCCGAAGGAUCCAACCGCGCCCAAAGGAUCGGCUAAAGCCAAGUCCAAGAAGCGCAAAGCCGCGGAGGGAGCCUAG